AGUACUAUAAAUGCAGGUAUUGUAUGGAUGGAUGGAUCUGAUGAGUUUCAAUAGCUGAAUCAAAUAAGAGAUCGCUGUAGAACAAAUCUGUUUGAAACAGACAGAACGAAGUUGUAGGAGGCUAAGAAGAGCUUGUAGCUAACUAGUAAGUAGUACGUAUAAUGUCUCAGACAACACCAAACCAUACUCUGAUAGUAUCUGGUUGGGCAGGACACGAUGAAUCUGGAAAAGUAACACCGUUCACCUUCAAAAGAAGAGAAAAUGGGAUAGAUGAUGUUACGAUUGAGGUAUUAUACUGUGGGAUUUGCCAUACAGAUAUUCACCACUUGAAAAAUGACUGGAAUAUCACUAGAUAUCCUGUCGUCCCUGGGCAUGAAAUUACGGGUGUGAUUACAAAAACAGGAAGCAAUGUAAAAGAAUUCAAAGUUGGAGAUAGAGUCGGAGUCGGAUGUUUAGCAUGUUCUUGUUUGGAAUGUGAACACUGCAAGGAUUCUCAAGAACAGUAUUGCGAGAAUCAUCAGUUUACUUACAAUGGGAUAUUCUGGGAUGGAAGUAUCACCUAUGGUGGUUACUCCAAAAUGCUUGUUUCUGACAGAAGGUUUGUGGUGCACAUUCCAGAAGACCUACCAAUGGAUGCAGCAGCACCAUUGCUGUGCGCGGGGAUAACAGUGUUCACACCAUUCAAAGACUACCACUUACUCCAAGGCCCAAGCAAGAAGAUUGGAAUAGUGGGGCUAGGUGGUCUCGGUCAUCUUGCUGUUAAAUUCGGCAAGGGCUUUGGCCACCAUGUUACUGUCAUAAGCACCUCUCCUUCUAAAGAGGCUGAAGCUAAAGUGCGCUUGGGUGCCGAUGAUUUCAUUGUCAGCACUGACACAGAACAAAUGCAGGCAGGGAAGAGGAGUUUGGAUUUCAUAAUUGAUACAGUUUCAGCCGUGCAUUCAUUGGGUCCAAUCUUAGAACUUCUGAAAGUAAAUGGGACUUUAUCCAUUGUGGGUGCACCUGAUAAACCCAUGGGCUUACCUUCCUUUCCUUUAAUCUUUGGGAAAAGAUCCGUGAGAGGGAGCAUUAUAGGAGGUAUGAAAGAGACGCAGGAAAUGAUGUAUUAUUGCGCGGAGAAAAAUAUUACUUGUGACAUUGAAGUUGUGAAGACUGAUCAGAUCAAUGAGGCAUUGGACCGGUUGGCUAGGAAUGAUGUCCGUUAUCGCUUUGUCAUUGACAUUGCUGGUGCGAAGAGUUGCAACGGUGCCAAGAUUUGCAAUGGUGCAUGAGUGAUUUCAAAUCGGGUCGAUAUAAAUUUGAUUUUUUGUGUGUGUUUAUUUACGUAUUUUGCUUUCUUUAUUAAGGUAUCACAAAAGGAAAAGAGAUUUAAGACUUGUGUUGGUUAUUUAGUAUUCGUAAUUGGACAAUCAUGAGCUCAACUAAUUAAGCUUUCUGCUUUACUGCUUUAAGUGAA